AUGGASGACGGCUGUCACAUGAGAAGCUCGUCUGGCGUUUGUUGCCUUGAAAAAUGUCUCUGAUGUAGAGAAGUUAUCGUCUUUAUUACUGUAUUAUGGCGUAUACUACAAGUAGUUACACGUCUUAUUAUGGACUUUUAUAUUUGUUGGGUCUAUCAGCGAUUGUUGGGACAGGGUUAUUUUACAAUAUAUCAGGUCUAGGAAGUCGCUUUGAUAUAGGAUGGUUUUUAGAGAAUUCUUCUCCUUUCAUGUGGGGAUGCAUAGGAAUAGGUCUUGCCAUCGCAUUAUCAGUGGUUGGGGCAGCAUGGGGAAUCCUUCUAACAGGAGCAAGCAUUUGUGGUGGAGGGGUUAAAGCACCAAGAAUCAAAGCAAAGAAUCUCAUAAGUAUCAUCUUCUGUGAAGCAGUCGCCAUUUAUGGUAUCAUCAUGUCCAUCGUCCUUAGCAACAACCUAGCGCCUGUUGAUGCCAGUGGUCUUAGCUAUAAGAAACGCAUUGUYCUCUAUACAGCUGGAUACAAACUUUUUGGUGCUGGACUAACUGUUGGAUUUUCCAACUUGUGUUGUGGAAUUUGUGUUGGAAUAGUUGGAAGUGGUGCAGCAUUGGCUGAUGCACAAAAUGGAGCCUUGUUUGUUAAGAUAUUGAUUGUAGAGAUCUUUGGCAGUGCCAUUGGAUUAUUUGGUGUUAUUAUUUCUAUCAUUCAGGCAAGCGAUGCAAACAUGGAGCUAGCAUUGUAAAGAUAUCAAGAAAGACUACAUCAUAUCAAUUAUUAUCUUAUUAUUGUUCAAAAUUAAUGAUAUUAAGAAUUCCCAGGAAAACACUGAAAACAAUGGAAUGACGUUCUUUCACACUCCAUGCUUCUAUCUUCAUUGUUUUUUUUCUUGUGCUUCCUUUCAUUUUAUUUUGUUUGUUGUAAAUUGUUUUCUAUUUUUAUUAUGUGUAUCUGUAAGUAUAAUUCCAGUGAGACACAAAAAACUGUUUGACUUCAAUAACCGUAGAUUCAGCAAUACUAUUAGGGAAAUCAUUAUAAUGGUGUAAAUUACAAAUAAAUAUUCUAAGUGGGAAGUGAAAAACUGAUCAUUUUAA